AUGGGGACUCCUCAACCUGCCCGUACACCCAUUCGUCUGGCAGAGUCCUGCUCGUCCUCGUCGUCGUCGGACGAAGACCUCAAUGAACGACCACCACCACCAGCAGCAGCCCAGCGGAGGAAGUUCACGUGCCAGCCUACGCAAGACUUGCCGCCUGCCGACGGUAUCGGUAUUGUCGUCGUUGUUGUAGAGCAGGAGCCGCAGCAGCAGGAACAGCAGCGCGAAACAGUUGGAAGGAGUUUCGCGGUGGCAGAACCGGCAGAGCGACGACCGCAGAGGCAACUAGCGGCAGCUGCCGGUGUAGAACUCUUGCCAGAAGAGGAGGAGGAAGAGGAGGAGGAGGCGGAGGAGCAGCAGGAGGACGAGCAGCAGCCGCAGGUAGUGCAGCAGCAACCGCAGCGACGCCUGGCUGUGGCCGAUCGGGAGAAGGAGGAACGGGAGGGCGACGAGAGUCGUCCUGCUGCUACUGCUGCUGCUGCUGCCGCCGCCGCCACCACUACCGCCGCUAGUCGUCGCAGGUCGCGCGUAGUGAUAGUGCCAGGCGGAGCAGGAGGCGUUGGAGGAGGAGCAGGAAGUGGCGCCAGUGGUGGUGGUAUCGCUGACGAAACUGUUGGUGUUGUUAGUGGUGGUAGUAGUGGUGGUGGUAGCGUUGCGCUAGCAGGAUUACCUUCCGAGGUAGCGGACCGAUUCGCUUCGAAGCGACGCAGCACUAGAACGGCCACACAGCGACAGACUAGUGGUAGUGGUAGUGGUAGUAGCAUUACACCCGGCGAUAGUGAAGCACCGCACCGAGCAGCGCUCCAUCUCGGAGAUCUCGGUGGCGUUCCGUGCCGUGUUCGAUCGUCCUCCUCCACGUCGGCGCUGCGUCAGCACAGCUCGACACAUCCGAUAGCAACAAAGACUCGGUGCAGCAUCGGGCAGACGACGCAACCGAGCGCAGGGAGGUGGUUGAACAACCCGGUGCAGUAG